CCAAACCCCAUUCCCCACGCGCCAUGUACGGACACACCAACCACUCCCUCUUCUCCGACUUCCUCGGCCACUUUCCGGCCUCCGACGUCCCUCCUCCUCCCUUCGUCUUUCCCGUAGCUCCGCCUCCUCCUCCUCCUCCUCCUCAUCUCUCCCUCUCUGCUGUCGACGACUUCGACUCCGUCUCCAUCUCCGAUGCUCUGCUGCCUCACAACUCCGACCUCGGCAACAGUUGCAGCAGCGGCGGCUCCUCGAGUUCCCUCACCACGAGUUACUCCACUCAGAGACCGAGUUUCAUCCAGAGAAGUGUGAGCAGCCACUCGCUUCAGCACAACGGCCGCCACCCCCACCCCAUUUCGCUGGUGUCGGAGUUCCUGGAGUCAGAGUCGCCUGUGAGGAGAGUUUACAGCACCGGCGAUUUGCAGAGAAUUAACAUGAUGCAACACCAUCAUCGACCCGAAAUCUCCAUAUCGAAUGACACUAGUAUCAUUGAAGGUAUGAUGACCAAGGCCUCUCGAUACAGUCCGGAGGAGAAGAAGGAGAGAAUAGAGAGGUAUAGGAGCAAGAGGAACCAGAGAAACUUCAACAAGAAGAUUAAGUAUGCGUGUAGGAAGACAUUGGCAGACAGUCGGCCGCGCAUCAGAGGGCGGUUUGCGAGGAACGAGGAAAUUGAGAAGGGUUCGCAGAGUCAGUGGAGUAACUUAGGAGGGGAGGAAUGCGAGGAAGAUGAUGAUAAUUGGACCAAUUUUCUGGAUGCAUUUUCAGCGAAUCUAGUGCCCUAAAGUUGCCGUGGAAGCUAAGCUUCCUGUAUGUUGUAAUGUGGUGGCUAAUGUUUUAGUGUGGCAAAUUCCUAUUUGUAGCAGUGAUAAUGCAUUUGUAGUCUUGUGAUGAAGCUUAAAGCUCAGGUGAUGUAAAUAUGGUUAAUGACAUAAUUAUUAAUGACAAAUUUUGCCUUCAAAAGGACUUGGACAAGGCA